CUUUUCUUUGAUCGCUGAUCAGAAACAUUGCAUCUGUGCCGUUUUUUUGUGUUGUGUUGUGUGCCAUGUGCCUUGAAGUUACGAAACCAGAUUUUUGUGUUGAUUCGGUUAUGGGUUUUAAAAAAUAGGCACCUACUAUUUCUAUGGUCCCCAAAAUUCUGUUGAGAUCGUACCUCUAGGCUUUAAUUCCACGAUCAUCUUCAUUGGCUAAAUUAUAUGUACUAUCUUGGCGCUCGUACAGGCCAUUAAUUCUAAAUAGUAAGAAUAAAACGUACUACUACUACGGGCAUUACAGAAGUCUAAAUCUUUCCGGCCAAAUAUUAAACUUAGUUUCCAGAUAGUUAUCAAUAAUUAUAACUGUUAAUUUCUUAUUUUUUUAGCAAUCAAUUUACAAAUAUGGCAGACGUUAAAACCCUUCUUAAAGAGGCAAGAAAGCUAAUAGAUGACAAGAACUACAAAGAAGCGCAAGAAUGUUGUAAAAAUAUCUUACGGAAAGACAAACAAAAUUACUUGGGACUUAUUUUACUUGGUAAAUCGCUUCAAGAAUCUGAACAAGCUCCAUUAGCAUUUCAAAAAGCUAUAUCUAGCAAACCAGAUCAUCCAUUAGCUUGGCAAGGUCUCGCUAAUUACUACGAAAAAAAAACAGAUAUACAAUCCAAAAGAAAACUUUUAACAGUAUAUGAUGAAAUUUUAAAAUUACAAAUAGAUGAGGAAAAAUCCCUAGAGAUUAUCAAUAAAAUUCGUGAAUUAGGCUCUUCUCUAAAAGACAGUAAAGCAAUUACCAUCCUUUUAAACUACAUGGAUAAAAAUCCUGAUAACAAAAUAUAUACGACUGCUGAGAAGACUUUGAUUGAACUUUGUAAAUCAGGUAUACUAUACAAUGAAGAUGAUAUUUUAAGACUGAUAAAUAAACUUAAAAAUAUAACUGAAAAAGAAUGUAACAAUUCUUUAAACAUAUUACUAGGAAAGGCUAUUUUACAAAAAGAAAAUCAAACAGAUGCACUUGAAGAGGUGAUGAAUCUAAAUUUCUUUGAAUCUAGUGUAAUAUUUCGUGAAUGGCUAUGCAAGUUUUUAUGUACAAAUUUCAUAAGAAACGAAUCUUUUUGUGGACUUGAUAUAGAUAAAUAUAUAGCCGCAAUAGUACGAGGAAUUGAAAAUUCUAAAUAUCCUGGUCUUCUUAAUAGUAUGAUAUGUUACAGUAAAGGAUUAUAUUUGGAUGCUUAUAAGCAAUGUGUCCCACUUGUAAACUAUCAGGAAGCAGAUGAAACUGAAGCCACAUUUAUAAUAAAAUGUGCAUUUAUGCUAAAAAAAUGGUCAGUUGCACAAAAACUGGCAACUAACUUUUUAAUUAAAGUUAAAGAUAAUCAUUUUGCCAUAAUAUUGAAGAAAUUUUUAUUCUUAUCACUUGCAGAACAACAAAAAUGGAAAAAAGCAAUAGCAGUGUCAAAAGAAAUAUCUACAGAAAAUCUAAGUUUAGAUGAGCAGGCUACUUUAGCUAAGUGUUACAUUGAAAUCAAUGAACAAGCUGAUCAUAUAAUGAAGAACCUGCAAACAACAGAACACCACUUGCAGCUUGAAGCACUUUGCUUAAUCAAGCAAGGAAAGUACAGUGAUGCCAUUACAUUGUUAGAACAAGUGGCAGAUAAUCCACAAAAAUUAUUUUAUAUUGGUAAAUCAUAUUGGGAGUUGCAACAGUAUGAUAAAAGUUAUUUAAACUUACUUAAAGCAGCUAAACUUGAUGCUGACCAUGCUGACACUUUUCAGUAUUUAGGAAUGUUUUACGAUCACUGUAAACAAGAUUAUUUUAAAGCAAAGAAAUGUUAUGAAAAAGCUUAUAGUCUAAAUAAUAGAGAUAGCAAUAUUAUAAAGAAAUUAAGCAAUGUUUACUUAAGAUUGGAGCUCAAGGAAGACAACUUUAACUUGUUAUAUAAUGCCAGCCAAAAUGGCCCUACUGAUGAGCCGUGGAUAAGUUUUCGCUUAGGGCUUCAUUAUAUAAAUAGUAGACAAUGGGAAAAUGCUAUUUUACAGUUUCGAAAUGUUAUUAAAAGUAAUCAUAAUGAUGUGAUUGCUUUUGAAUGCCUAGCUGAUGCUUAUUUUUCAAGAGGUUCAUUCACAUCUGCACUUAAAGCAUAUAAACGAGUAAUUAUGAUGAAUUCAAGUAAAACUUUGCAUUGCCUAACUAGAAUUGGCUAUAUACAUUCUAUAUUGACUCAGUAUCAAGAAGCAAUAUCGACAUUUGAAAAGGUUCUUAAAAUUGCACCUUACUCAAUGUUAGCUUUGAAAGGAAUAACAGAAACAUGGAUGAAAAUGGCAUCCAAAAAGUUUGAUGCUAAGCUUUAUGGAAGUGCAAGAGAUACUGCACAAAAUGCUAUUAAUUAUAUAGUAAGAGCUUUAUCAAAGGAAAAAACAUUUUCUUGUUUUUGGAAUUUACUUGGAAAUGCUUUAACAUUCUUAACAAAACUACCUGACAAAUACUCUUUUGUAUGGCUUGAAAUUAAUGAAAAUAAAGAAACGAAAAUGAAAGAGAAAUUAGAUAUUUACCAGCAAGCAUUAGCAUGUUAUUCAAUGACUGCAAAACUGAAAAAUCAAUAUACAUCAUAUGAAUUAGCAUGUACAUAUCUUGAUUAUUAUAUUGCAUCAAAAAAUAUUAUGCACUGUAAUAUUGCAUUCCAAUUAACAAUAGCCUGCAUUAAGUUAAAGCCUUCUACUUGGCGAAAUUGGAAUUUACUUGGUAGAAUAUGUAUUUUUAUUAAAAAGUAUGCCCUUGCUCAACAUUGUUUUAUUAAAGCAUUAUUGAUGACAAGAAAAUGGUCAGUAGCUGAAGUGUGGUGUAAUCUUGGAACACUUUACAUAAAAAUGAAUUUACAUAAAAUUGCUAAUUAUUGUUUCUGGCGUGGGCAAUCUACUUUACCUUCCUAUCCUCACAGUUGGAUUGGACAAGGAUUAAUAGCAGAAGUAAUUAGAGAAGAAGAGGCUAUGGAUCUCUUUAGACAUGCUUCCCGUUUAGGGUACCAUCCUGUAAGUGCUCUAGGUUAUGCAGAUUGGGUAUGUCGCACAAUAAAACAAAAUGAUUAUAAGAAUAAUCCUGAAUUAAAAUAUGCAAUAGAUGGUCUUGAUGCAGUUUCUUAUGCGAUGGAUUUAGUCAUGUGGGUUACUACUUUUGAAACUAAUAAUGCUUGUGUGUAUAAUAUUCUUGGUAUUCUGCAAGAAAGGACUGGGCUUCUUUGUACAGCUUUGGAGUCAUAUCAAAAAGCACUGGAAAAUGCACAAGAAGAUCAAAAAAAUAUAAUUCUAUUAAAUAUAGGUAGAAUUUUCUUAAGAUUGAACAAAUAUGAUGAUGCUAUUAAAAGUUAUAAAGCUAUCACUGAAGCUAGUUUGAAUUCGGCAUGUGGCUUAGCAUUUGCACUAUUGAAAAAGGGACUCUAUGAAGAAGCUUACUCAGCUUAUGACACAGCACUGCACUGGCUUAGUAAUAAUGAUGCCGAAAAAGCAGAUCUUCUCGUUGCAAUGGCAGGAAUAGUUUAUAUGUUUAAAGGUGUGGAUGAUGCUAAAACAUUACUGUUUCAUAGCAUUCAAGUUUCACAAAAGAAACCAACAGCUAAUAGUUUAUUUGCUAUAUGUUCCUUAGGGAUAAUUCAUUCUGAUCAAAGUUUAUCCAAAUUAGCUUUAGGUGAACUACAUAAAUAUGAAAACGAAAUUGAAUAUGGUUAUGAUAUUGGUUUUUUAAAAUCAUAUCUUUUGUUUAAUAAAGAUUCAAAUCAAGCCAUUAAAACGUUAACUAACUCCAUCAUUGAUCAUCCAAAUAAUACACUUUUAUGGUUACUUAUGGCCCGAUAUUUUUCAAGCACAAAUUCUGAAUUUGCUAGUUAUUGUGCUCAAAGAGCUUUAUGCUCUACUUAUUACUGUGAAACUAACAAUGCAGCUCUCUCAGCAAAAGUGCUUGCUACAGCCAGCAUAGCAGAACACAUAGCAGGAGAUAAAAAGAAAGCUACAUUGUUGGCUAAGAAAGGUCUACACAUGUAUCCAUGUCAAUCAGACAUAUGGGGAGCAUUGAUUUUAUCAGUUUUAAGUAAUCAUAUGUGGAAAGAGAAAACAAACUGGUUAUUAAACAGAGUAGUUCACAUGAGAAAAAAUCUUGAAACUAGUAGAGCACUUAAUCGUUGGGUAAAUCUUGUAGAGAAGACAAUAUGUACACAUUAAGUAUUUCUAUGUUAAGUUUUUAGGCCCUUUUAGUCAUUCUAAAGCAGAUUAUGAAUUUAAUCCUAAUUGAUUGAUAAUUAUCACUAAAAUUUUUACAAAAAUGUAUUUAAAUAAUUUUAUAGUGUUUUUACAUACAUACUACAUAAAUUGUGCUUAAAUUCAGUUUUUGAAAAUAAAUGAAAUCUUCUAAAUCAAUUAUA